CCGAGCCACCCCUAUCUUCCUCCGAACCGACCGAUCUCUUCUCAAGAGUAGCGAGAGCAACAUGGCGGUUGCCCCCUUCUCCCGUCUCCUUCUCAAGCCCCCGCCGCCUCCGCGCGCCGUCCCGUUCCGGGCGGCUCUCCCCGUUCACCUCCACCCCGUCCCAGCCCAGUACUCGCCGCUGCGGGUCUCCUCGCCCCUCCGUCUCCCGGGCACCCGCCGCCCUCGCCGCUUCUCCGCCCAGGAGAACGGCGGCGCUUCCGAGACCCUGGAGGAGUCGGAGGCCGACGAGGGAAGAAAGAAGGAGCAGGAGGAGGAAGUAGAGAAGAGGGACACCGCAGCUUCCACCGCCGCGGCAUCGGUGGCUGAGGAGCUCAAGGAGAUGAUGGAGGCUAGGAAGAAGGAGUCGUCGUCGUCGGAUCUGUGGGGAGGGGUGGCGGACGAGGUGAGGGAGAUCGAGUGGCCACCGUUCGGCAAGGUGCUGGGCACCACCGGCGUCGUCAUCGCCGUCAUCGCCGGCUCCAGCGUCGCCCUCCUCACCGUCAACGCAAUCCUCGCCGAGAUCUCCGACAAGGUCUUCGCGGGCAAGGGCAUCCAAGACUUCUUCUGAGAACGCCCAAAACAAAACAGAAAAGAACAAAAUUAACUAAACCUCUUCAUCAUAUAUAUUUGAAAUUUUUUGUACCUUUUAUGUCAAUUUCUUAAUGCAAGCUCCAUUAUUCCCUGGAA